ACAAUUCUUCUCAAACAACUGCCUUCCCCACAACCCACUACCUCAAAAUCCACUGCCUCUCUCAUCUGUCUCUCUCCACUCUCUUCAAAAAUGCGGAUGAGCUGCAAUGGCUGUCGCGUUCUCAGAAAGGGUUGCAGCGACAAUUGCAGCAUCAGACCCUGUUUGCAAUGGAUCAAGAACCCAGAAUCUCAAGCCAAUGCUACUGUCUUCCUCGCCAAGUUCUAUGGUCGGGCUGGUCUCAUGAACCUCGUUAACGCAGGCCCCGAACAUCUUCGUCCAGCGAUCUUUCGUUCCUUGUUAUACGAGGCAUGCGGUCGGAUAGUCAACCCGAUUUACGGUUCGGUCGGUUUGUUAUGGUCUGGGAGCUGGCAGCUCUGUCAAGCCGCCGUUGAAAACGUCUUGAAAGGCGCGCCCAUCACUCCGAUCACCUCCGAAGCCGCGGCGAGCGGCCGGGGCCCACCGCUCAAGGCCUACGACAUACGCCACGUCUCCAAAGACGAGAACUCCGCCGCCUCCAACGAGACUCAGCAACAACAGCAGCGGGUCAAGACUCGGUCAAGAGUGAAGCGACCCGCCGCCGCCGCCACCGCCAAGCCCAAAUCCACCCACGAAAACAACAAGGAAUCGGGUUCGGGCGAACCGGGUUUCGUGGUGACGAGCGAGUGGACCGAGGAGGCGUUGAACCGGUCCGGGAGUCACGAUUCGUCGCUGAGCCAUCAAUCAGAGGCGGCGAAUGCGGUGGAAAGCGAGAGCAUGGUGUCGGUGGAGACGGCGGAGACUUCGAACCUCUUUCGCGACGAACCGGAGUCGCACCCGAAACGCGUCGACCGAAGCGAGGAGGGGGGUGAGCAUGUUGGGUUGGAGCUUACGCUGGGGUUUGAACCGGCCUCACGUGCGGUUCACGUGGUUCCGGUGAAGAAGAGAAGGAUUGAGUUGAAGGAGUUUAGUGGGUCGGCUCAGAGUGGCUCGUGCAAGAUGGAGCUGGGGCUUGAGUACUCGGCUUGAGGGAUCUUAGCUCGCCUUCUCUUGCCUCAGUUUUGACUCCAUCGGCUUUCUGUGUUUGAUAAACAAGAGAUCAUAAUUCAGAACCCUUUUCUUGUUCUUUUUAAUUACUUUUCUUUUUCUUUUUCUUUUUUUUUUAUUUGGGUUUGUUAACCCCUUUUUUCUUCUUCUUUUUCUUCUGUCUGUUGUGAAUGCGGUACUCUACAAACUCAAACGCGAAUGGUAAGUAGAUCAAAAUUGAAAAGAGGCAUUUGAAACUGAAA